GCUGGGCCGGGCCUGGUGGCGGUGGCGCAGCCCGGAGGAGGGCACCGCGGGCAGCGGGCAGCUCCCGGGGAGCCUCGCGGCCCCUUCCGCACCGCGGCCGCCUCGGGGGUGCCCGGGCUGCGCGUUGCCGUGGCGACCCGCCGUGCGCGGCCAGGCAGCUCCCCAAAAUUAUGCGGUCGGAUUAAAAAUUGACACUGCAACGUUGAAGAAUACACGGGUUACCAUGGCGACGGCACUCAUUAACUGCAUGCAUUCUCACUCAACCUGCCCAAUUACCGCCCCCCCCCUCCCCGCGUGCACACACACACACACACACACUCACGCACGCGGCCGGCCCGAGCCGCCCAGCGCCCCUCCCGGCGCGGGGCUCCGCUGCCCUCGGGCCGUUCGGGCGCCGCGGAGCCCGGCAGCGGCGGGGCGGCACGGCCGUCACCCGCAUCUGCGCAGCCCGCUCCCGGCCCGUGCGGCUCGGCGCGGCUCGGCGCGGCCCCGCGAGCACCGCCCUGGCCGGGCCGCCCGGUGCGGUGCGGUGCAGGGUAGGGUUUGCCAAAUCUCAGUCACAGUCUGCAUCUGAGAGGUAUAGGACCAGAGUGGAGCCAGGAGCAACCCUUGCUUGUGGUGGACCUGCUGUGCUCAUACCAUCUUAUGGUGGUCCCAGUGUCUUGGUCUGUGCCCACACAAGGUGAUGGACAGCAGAGCAGAGAUGGAGGUUGUGAGAAGCACAAAGGGGAGUGCUGCUGGGGAGGUCAGUGUCCAUGUGGUUACCACUGAGAGCACUGUGCAGAGCACUCACCUGCCAACGACUGCCUUCAUCAUACCAGCAAAUGCCGCUACCAUCAACCUUCCUGCAAGCACCUUAGAAAUUCAGCGAUUCCCGAGGGAGCCACAGAGAAGCACAGGGGCUGAGAGGCCAGAGAGGGGAGCAGGGAGUGAACCCAUCACAGCUACUGUCAUCCCCCAGAUCAGCGGGGUACAGACCUGCAACGCAGUCCGUGUGCUGGAGUGGAAGGAUGGGGUGGCCACUUUGCCUGGAAGUAACCUGCGGUUUCAAAUAAAUGAGUAUGGGACACUGAAGGUGGUGAGUGCUGAUAAGAUGCCUCCAUUGGAAGCUAUAAAGGAGGGCCACACAGAGAAAGAUGGGGACUCAGAGGUGGCACCAACUAGCAGGGACAAUCCUACUCCUGCUCAGGAUGUGUCAGAACAGCCCAAGCUGCCAACACCAGAAAGCAUGUGCCACUGUGACACAUGUGGCCGGAGACACGUGUCAGAUGGAGUCCGGGAAGGCAGGGGAUUCUGCAGUGAGCACUGUCACCAGCAGUUCAAAGAAAGGUCUGUCAUUGUGGAAAACUCUGCCAGCAGCACCAACACCACUGAAAUCCUCAAGCCUGUUAAGAAAAGAAAGAGGAAGGACUACCAGAGCCCUUCAGAGGAAGAAUAUGAAUCUGAGCAAAUGGAGGAAAAGCAGGAAGAGACGAAGAACUCUGUGGGAGACUCUGCCAUCAGCAAUCCAGAGGCUGACACAUGGAAUGGGAGCCAGCACGGUGCCAGCGAGGAGAAGAAAGAAGGCUGGUCUUGGGCGUCGUACCUGGAGGAGCAGAAAGCUGUCGCUGCCCCUUUAGAUCUCUUCCAGGAUUACCAAGUAGCUUCCCAGCACAAGAAUGGCUUUAAAGUGGGGAUGAAGCUGGAGGGAAUCGACCCACAACACCCAUCCAUGUACUUUAUCCUGACAGUGGCUGAGGUGUGUGGUUACCGGAUGCGCCUCCACUUUGAUGGCUACUCUGAGUGUCAUGAUUUCUGGCUGAAUGCUGACUCCCCUGACAUCCACCCUGCAGGCUGGUUUGAGGAGACAGGACAUAAACUCCAGCCUCCAAAAGGGGUUUUAGGUUAUAAGGAGGAAGAAUUCAGCUGGACAAACUACCUGAAGAUAACAAAGUCUCAAGCAGCUCCUAAGCAACUCUUCGUGAUCCGAAAUACCCACGAGGCUCCUCCAGGCUUUGAGGUGGGCAUGAAGCUUGAGGCUGUGGACCGCAUGAAUCCUUCCCUGAUCUGUGUUGCCACAGUGACUGAUGUGGUGGACAAUCGCUUUUUGGUGCACUUUGACAACUGGGAUGAUACUUACGACUACUGGUGUGACCCAAGCAGUCCAUACAUCCACCCGGUCGGAUGGUGUCAGGAGCAUGGCAAACCCCUCACACCUCCUCAAGAUUAUCCUGACCCUGACAACUUCAUCUGGGAAAAGUACUUAAAAGAAACUGGAGCAUCUGCUGUUCCAGCUUGGGCAUUUAAAGUGCGCCCACCCCAUGGCUUCCUGGUCAAUAUGAAGCUGGAGGCAGUGGACAGAAGAACUCCUUCCUUCAUCCGAGUGGCUAGUGUGGAGGAUGUGGAAGAUCAUAGGAUAAAGAUCCAUUUUGACGGCUGGAGCCAUGUGUAUGAUUUCUGGAUUGAUGCAGAUCAUCCGGACAUCCACCCCAUAGGCUGGUGCUCAAAAACUGGGCACCCACUGCAGCCUCCUCUUAGGCCAAAGGAACCAGCCUCCUCUUCCCAUGGGGGCUGCCCAACCCUGGGCUGCAAGAACAUGCCUCAUACCAAGAGCUCCAAAUACAGCUUUCACCACAGGAAGUGCCCCACACCAGGCUGUGAUGGGUCAGGACAUGUGACUGGAAGAUUCACAGCCCACUACUGCCUCUCAGGGUGCCCACUGGCAGAGAAGAACCAGGGCAGACUCAAGGCAGACUUGUCUGACACUGAGGCCUCAGCUCGCAAGAGGAACCUGAUGGGCUUCCCUCAGCGGAAGAAAUCCCGGCACCACGGGAGAGGGCGACCUCCAAAGUACCGGAAGAUCCAGCAGGAAGACUUCCAAACUAUUUCUUCAGACAAUAUGCACCAGUCGCUCUUCAUGUCUGCCCUGUCUGCCCAUCCUGACCGCUCUCUGUCACUCUGCUGGGAACAGCAUUGCAAACUCCUGCCAGGGGUGGCUGGCAUCACAGCAACCACAGUGGCCAAGUGGACCAUCGAUGAGGUUUUUAGCUUUGUUCAGACUCUGACAGGUUGUGAGGACCAAGCCAAACUCUUCAAGGAUGAGAUGAUUGAUGGCGAAGCAUUCCUCUUGCUGACUCAGACUGACAUCGUCAAGAUUAUGAGUGUUAAGCUGGGCCCAGCACUCAAGAUCUACAAUGCCAUCCUCAUGUUCAAGAACGCUGAUGACACCUUAAAAUGACUUUUCUUGGCCCCGCUGGGACCGUCCUUCAGCACUGGUGCUGCCAAACUGUCUGGCCAGGACAGAGAUUCCCCCGACCGCCCGCAGCUUGUCGUGUCCUGCAGCAUCUAUGCUCUCCCACCGGUCCAUCUCCCGUCCUCUCCCUCACUCUCUCUCCACGCUGCCUCUCUGCUCCAGUGCUGGGUACAGGCUGACCACAAGCCUUGGGGGUGGAUACACAGGCAGCAGGUGGAUGUGGGAUUAGCCUGCCUCUGUGCGAAUGCUGCCCCAAUGUCCUGCUAUGACUGCACGUAUUCGGGUGUGUUCAGGGAUGGCGGAGCAGUGUGGAGGUUGUAGCAGCUGGGCACACACCACAGCUUAAGCCACUGAGAUAAGGGUGGCUUAAGAGAGAGAGAGAGAUGAGAGAGUGGUGAGAUAUUUUUUUUCUCAGUGUGUUCCUCUUAGAGGACUUGGAUGCUCCCAAGGAGCUUCUGCUCACUUUGCCUUUUCCUAUCUGAAAUCUUGUGACUUGAGACUAGAUGAUAACUUUGCUUUGCCCCUUCACCACACUGGGAACCAGCGGCCCAUCUUUCCCCCACUGGGAGCAGUGUUUCCUGGCUGCAGUUCUGCCCAUGACCAGCAUCUGUGUUUUGUUCCUCUUUACUGUAAUGCAGCAAAUCCAUGGGGUCAGGGCUGGGUGGAUGCAGAACAAGCUCCAUUUCCACUUGCACUUCAGGCUGUCUUCGACAAUGUGGCUCUGGGAGAAACAAUGUUUGGUUAAUUUGUUCCCUCCUGCAGCAAUUAAAAAAUCCUCUGUGAAGGAGAGGCAGGCCUGCUUUGGCCCACUUGGGGACUUGGUGAACCUGAUCUCGUGGGUGGCAUCCCUGCCUAUGGCAGGGGGUAUGGAGUUAGAUGAUCUUUAAAGGUCCCUUCCAACCCGAGCCAUUCUGUGAUUCUGUGAUUAGGAGCAAGGCCCUUCCUAGAGCUGAGACCACUGCCAAGGGCAAAAAGUAUCUGUAAGCCGAAUCAGGGCUUGGUUCCUAAAGCAUUCCUGACUUCACAGAAUCACAGAAUUUCUAGGUUAGAAGAGACCUCAAGAUCAUCGAGUCCAACCUCUGACCUAACACUUGAUUGACUUGAUCCUGUCAAGCUGCCUUCUCCCCCUUUUUUGCCCUUGAGAGGCCCCCAGGCUUUCCUGUGUGAAGAGCAGAGUCCUCUGCUGUCUUAUAGAUUCCUUCUCUUCAAACCAAAAGAAAGCCAGCAGCUAACUCUUUUUCCUUCCUUGUCUCCGUCCGUCCGUCCUUCUGUCCGUCCUUUUAGUAACAUGGCACCUUUCCAACAAGGGUGCAAGCACUUUGGAAAUGCCCACGUAACUCUCCCUUGCAAUGGAGGAGAUUCCUGGCACAGUCAGACAUUCCGUGUGUUCCCAGGUACCAGGGAUGAGCCCUGUAGCACCCACACUGCACUUACUGUACUUUGUUAUCCUGUGGGUGCUGCUGGAGCAGUGGUGUGGCAGUGCAGUGCUGGAGGGCUCUCCGUAGUGUAUAGUGAUGUUAUCCAAGUCCCACAUCCACUUCUUUCUCAUUCCCAAGAACAACAUGCCAUAGCAAAACAUUUUUUCCUCUUUUCCAGUGUCCAAAGACAGAGAUUAAGGGUCUUGGUAAGUGCCCUAGCAAUGUCUCUUGGAGCAGAACUGCCUUGGAAGCCACUGUUACACGUGGGUCAAUCUGUUCUAGGAUUCCCAUGGAAAUGUAGCAUUUUGACUCUUCGUUACUGAAUAUUUGGGGUCACAUUUGACCUGCUCUUGAAAAGUCUGCUGCUUGCUCUUUAUGCAGGACUUGAAACUAGUCCAUGUAUUUAUUUUGUCAAUGCUUGGGUUUGAGUUAGCUCUCCCUCUCCUUUCCCUUUUCACUUUCUUUCACCUUUUCAAGCAUUGUGGUAUGGCCAGCUGUGGAGAGAGGGUGAGUAGGAAAGAAAAACUGGGUCUCACAGUUACUCCUAGUCACCUUUGAUUCACAGAAAAUGGUCCUGAAGGUGGUCUCUUCAGCUAAUGGGGGGUGUCUUCCUAGGCCACCGUGUGCUAGGGGCGAGGAGGAGCAGGCCUAGGACCUUCAGCUGUUGGACUCUUCAUGCAAGCCCUGCUGAGACAUCUUCAGGUGUGAUCUGGAAUGGUUCCUGCUUGGCUCGUUACUCUUGCAUAGGAUGUGGUUAUUGGGCUUGUAAGGAAACAACUUAUGAACAUCCUGUUCUCAUCUACUCCCUUCCCCGGCAAAGCCAUUCCUCCUGCUGGAGAAGGGACUAAGCACUGUCACUGGGUGCUAGGAGAGGAGUGUCAGAUCUGAAACCAGUGUGAAUGAUGGAGCGCCUUGUUUCUCACAGGGCUGCCCUGGGAAGCAGAGGUAGUGGUGAGUUCAGAAGAUCCCUGCUGAAGGGGAAGAGGAGCCAUAAAGCUUUCAAGACCAGGCACAACCAAUGCCAUCAGCUCUUGCUCUGUUGCAUGUGGUUGAGCCAUGCUCUGCCUGGGCAGCAGGCAAACAGGUGGUGUGUGCUCUGUACUGUGCCAGCCUUCAGCAUCAGCAGGAAGCUAUGCCAAUGGCAUAAUGCCUCACUUGGGCUCUUCUGACCUCCCUCUAAGCAAGCAGCCCCAAACCGGACAGGUCUGCAGAGGUGCCUUCCCUUUGCUCGUCUGCAGAAGGGCUUUCCCUUGGCUGUGGGGUUCGGUUGCAGAGCUGGAUCCCAGCCUCUGCGGGGUCUGAGCUCUGCCCAGGGAGUAGCUGUCAGGAAAACCAGCCCCACUUGAAAGGGGCUGCACAAACUUGUCUGCUGCACAGACUUGUCUGCUGCUUGAACACCAGUUCUUCAGCCUCUUAGGCUGUCUCCUCUCAGCCCUUUGGGUACAAAUCUUCUGGGUUGUUUUAGGUGAAAGAGUCAUAGGGUUUGUAGAUGGUCAAGGGCUAUUUGCUGUUAACUCUUAUAAGGUUUCCUUUAAAAAGGAAACCAAACCCAAAGUAUUGUGUGUACAUGUGGAUGGGUGUUUGUGGGUACCAGUGUGGAAAAUCACAAUAUCAUGUCCUCCACUGUUGGUAUGAUGCUGUUUUAUUGUGAUGGUCUCUGAAGCCAUGGCGGUGGCAGACCCCAGCCCAGGGUCUCAGACAACACAUUCUCCAUGAGCAGAAGUUGUCUCUGGUCCCAAGAAGGAAGCCAGGAGAAGGAAAGUUCGCUUGCACCCCUGGCCUUGCAAGACCUCUGUCUCCACAGAGCAUUGACCAGGAGGCCCUCUUCAGGGAGCAUCAAGGGCAGCUGUGACCAAGGCAGAAGGACCAAAGUUUCCUUUCCUUUUCGUCCAACGAGACUCCUUGCAGGAACAUCCACUGCCCUGUCACUGAGAAGAUGGAGUCAACACAGGGACUGAAGUGGGUCAACACAGGUCUGGGGCCUUCCUGAGAGCUGUGAUGACAGCGAAAGCUUCUAAAUCAAUGAAGGGUUUUUGAAGUCAAAUCUAUUCAUGAGGCUCCCCACGCCUGUGCUCCCAUCAUUCCUGUUCCUGCUGGAGCCAUGUGGGAUGUCCCACCAAACACUGGCCUCAGGCACAAGGCAUCUUCUGGGGUGGCUGUUCCACAAGUGGCUCUGGGUGGGUGGGGAUGGUUGGAUCCUCUUGAGAAGGGAUUUUCCUUGUGGAAACAUGCAGCAUGAUGGUGCGAGGCUGAGGUCUCCAUUUCUGAGAGCAGCCAGCCUGAAGCUCAGCAAGGAGGGUGGCAGCUUUCUGU